ACCACUUCAAAACUUUAUUUCACAUUCUAGCUAUACUCCAAUGGCUUCAACAAAUGUGCAACAAGAAAAUGAGGGAGAAAACCUCACACUCUCCCUUCAGAAAGAGAACUCUUGGGCACAACCUUAUCCCUUAUACCUAUUCCAAAACUUCUGGUGCCCAAAAAUUCACAUUGAAGCAAUUCAUCGUUUUCAACAACACUUUCAGGCAAAAGACAAUGAUGUUAUUGUUGCAAGUUUUCCAAAAUCAGGAACAAUCUGGAUGAAAGCCUUAGCUUUUGCCAUUUCCAGUCACCAAAGUUUCUCAUCCUUUGAGAAUCAUCCAUUGCUCACUUCCAACCCUCAUGAACUUGUACCUUUUCUGGAAUUUACCUUUGGGGGUGUUGAUCAUGAUAUUCAAAACCAAAUUCUUGAGCCAAGAAUAUUUGGCACUCACACUCCGUUCCCUUCUCUCCCCGUCUCAAUCAAGGACUCUAAUUGCAAGAUAAUCUACAUAUGUAGAAACCCUUUUGACAAUUUUGUUUCUGCAUGGACUUACUUCAACAAAGUUAGGCCAAUUUCUUUACCUGCAGUAACAAAAGAGGAAGCUUUUGAGAUGUACUGUAAUGGGAUAGUGGAUUAUGGUCCAUGGUGGAGUCACAUGUUAGGUUUUUGGAAUGAAAGUGUGGCCAAACCAAACAAAGUUAUGUUCUUGAAGUACGAGGAUCUUAAGGACAACACAGGUUUUCAUGUCAGGAAAAUUGGAGAGUUUUUAGGUUGUCCUUUCACUGAAGAAGAGGAGAAGAAUGGAAAGGUUGAAAGCAUAAUCAAGCUUUGCAGUUUUGAGAAGAUGAAGGACUUGGAAGUGAAUAAAUCUGGAGUGGUUGGUAGAGGACGCAUUGAGAAAAAGAACUUUUUUAGAAAAGGAGAAAAAGGAGAUUGGGUGAACUAUUUUUCCCCACCAAUGGUUGAAAAACUAUCCAAAAUUGUGGCGGAAAAACUCAGUGAUUUAGGUUUAUCAUUUAAAAAUAUUUCUUAAAAUUGUUGACUAGUUUAGGGUUACCUCCUACACAAAGGAAAAACUAUUAAUUGUAGUUUCAAUGUCUAUUACAAAUCGUAUUGUAGCUUUUCCUUUUGCUAAAUAAAGUUGAGGUUUUUCAUAAUAAGUUGUAGAAGCAAAUGGUUAUUG